AUGUGUCUCCGCAUGGCGGCAGAGGCCGUGGCAUUGACGCGCAAAUGGCCGGAGAUGGCAGUCAGGAAUGGCCAUAUGUGGCAGCAAAAGGCCGGCAUGGCAGCCAAAAGUCGGCCUGGCUGCCAGAAACGGACUGGCCGAGCUGAGCAUUCACCCGUCGAGGAUCAGCUCGCUUCGCCGUCCUCGCCAAAGUUGCAUGCAGAUCCGCCUCAUAAGCGAGGCGAUCAGCGCGGCUCCCUUGGCCAGCUCGUAUGGUUGCUCGGGCAGACCAAAAGUCCCUGCCUGCCCCCCGGGCGAGAAUCGCGGCAGACGACCACGCCGCGGGCGCGCAGGGUGGAUAUGCGAUGGCACGCAGCGGUGGCGCCCGACCCAGCGGGUGAAUGA